CUCUGUGGGGCAUUCCCUGCCUGCAUUCCCUAUUCUCAUUGCAAGUUUCAUCCUUUCCUCUGACAACCAUUCCCUAUCCUUUCUCGGAGCGCCGAUUGCCGCUUUAUCCCUCUACUAUCGUCAGCUGCAAUGAAGCGCUUUCUGAUCCUGAUUAUCCUCUCACUCAGCCUGAGCGUCCAGUCUGCAUCCACUUCUCAGCUGGGAGCACAACAUGCCGGGGCCUCCUUCCCUUCUGAGACCACUCAUCGAAUCGUCGAGAACCUGGAUGACGCUGCCACUGCAAAGCGGCUCCGGGAUGAGUUCCGUCAGCUACCAUCAUUGCUGCAGCUCGUCAAUCAGACGUCAGCUAAAUCACUGCAGAAUGCCACUGACGACAGGUGGUCGGCGCUGGCGAGGAUACUCCCUACUUCUGCGGUCCAUGACACCAUCAGUCGGCUGAUAUACAUGGUAAAGGCCCUCAGAGACCUUAUCCCGUCGAAGGCUAAGCCUCCCGUGAAUGAAUCGCAUGUGCCCUACGCCCCUUCUUUUGACCGAAAGAACAUCCCCUACUACAAUCCCCUGAAGCACGAGGUCUCUCGUGCGCCCUCGAUUACACCGACCUUCCCGCUGUAUAGAGAAGGUGCGGCACAAGCCAAAGCUCAGAAACCGAAAGCUGGCUAUCGGCCGGCAGAGGAGCAUGUUUUCCCCGAGACAAUCGCACCUGCAAAAAUCGAGGAGCAAGUGCCUGUGGAAGUGCGGAUCCCGCUGCCCUAUCGGCCACCGACAGAACCCACAAUGCCGCUCCGCAACUUCUCUGAUUUCAACCUGGGUGGCCAGCAGGUAUGGCGAGCUCUUGCAGGUAGAGACAUGGCUCCUCACGAGCUCGAAAGGAUUCCGCCGGCUCCUUACCCCUCUGAGAGACGUCCUCCCUCUGUCCCCCAAAAGAUGCUUCCAGAGGAGCCCCCAGUGUCACCCUAUAUAGGGGAAAUGAAACCGAAUGGGUAUGCUACAGAGGCAAUGAAAGAGGGACUACUGUCUUUGAGUGUGUGAUGCUGGUCUGUUGGGCUGAUCUGUUGAACGCAGGACGCGACAGCCUGUCGCGCCUGCCCCUUAUCACGUCCACAUCCAUGUGAAGAUACCCAUGCCUCCGACCGCCCCAACCACUCCGCCUGCGCCAGUAGUUCCUAAGAAGAAGGCAGAGAGCAGUACUGCGUCACCGGCAGAAGAGGAGGAGACGACAGAAGAAGAGCUGGAGGAGGUGACAGGCCAUCGCCCGUCAAGAGAGAAGCCCCUUGAGCCAGUGACGGGCCAUCCCCCACCAGAAGAGGAGGAAACGACGGAAGAAGAGCUGGAAGAGGUGACAGGCCAUCGCCCGUCAACAGAGAAGCCCCCUGAGCCAGUGACGGGCCACACGCCAACCCGAGCCCCUGCGCGCGGCAAAUUAGAAGAAGGGGAGUGGAUUCCAAUCGAGAAAGAGAGGGCCCUGGAGAAGGUGACAGGCCAUCCUCCUCCUUCGCCGCCUGUGACACCAAAGGAAGAAAGAGAACAACGACUCGAAGAGACACGGGGCCAUCGGCCGCUAGAACAAAGGCAUGAGGGCGAGAAACAGCUCGAGAAGACAGAAG